AUGACGGACAUGGCUCCUUCCUUUGGGGAGCUAGUCGCAUCCAAAACUCUGGAUGGCCAUACUGGCUGGAUUUGGGAUGUGACCCUUUCCAGCAAUGGUCAACUUCUCGCCUCGGUCUCCAAUGACAUGAUGAUCCGUUUAUGGAAUGCCAACACCGGUCUCCAGCGCGGCGCUGCAAAAGACAACGGCCAUUCCCACUGGGUGCGCGCUGUGAGGUUUUCCCCCACAGGUCGAUUCCUGGCCACUGCUUCCGAUGAUAUGACCAUUCGCAUCAGCGACGUAAACACCGGUUUCACCUACCGCAUGUUACAGGGCCACACCGGCAAAGUGCGAGCGGUGGAAUUUUCCCCCGACGGAAGAACUGUCGCUUCAGCCUCAGAUGAUUUUUCUGUACGACUGUGGAAUGCGAGCUCGGGUUCGCUGCUCAAAACCUUCAAUGGGCACUCGGGUUGGGUACGUGCUGUAGCCUUUUCACCCGAUGGGAAGACUCUCGCUUCAACCUCAGACGACAAUACAAUCCGCCUCUGGGAUACGUCUACUGGUAGUGAACUCUAUCAACUAAGUGGCCAUGAAGCCUCAAUCAGGGCUGUCUGCUUCUCUCCUAAUGGAAAGCUGCUGGUUUCCGGGUCGCAGGACAAGGACCUGCGCAUCUGGGAUACCACUUCUGGCGCCAUGCUCGAUGUUCUCCGGGGACAUUCUGGACCUAUACGCACAAUCGUAUUUUCUACCGAUGGGAACCAGGUGGCAUCAGCCGCCGACGACCUGACGAUCCGCGUAUGGGCUGUGCCGUUAGGGUUUGCUUGCAUCCGAGUCUUGACAGGCUAUUCGGGGUGGGUUCGGGCUAUUACUUUGACUAGCGAUGAAAAAAUGGUGGUCUACACGUCUGAUGACAUGACUAUCAAGAUCUGGGACUCGGCGUGA